UCACUUACCUGAAAGGGAGAGGUUUUCUUGGUCUGAAUCAUCCCUGGCUAAAGAGAGAGAUGAAUUGGGGGAGGGGGGAGCGGAAUCCCAGGCUUUCGUUUGUUCGUCAUUGUGGAGGGCUUGCUGGGGGCUCUGAUGCCUUAACGCUGAUUCCUUUGGUUCCAGAGAGCUACUCCGUUAUCUUUGUCUCGGAAGAUAGACCGUCACCCCUCUUUAAGGAGGUUGUCUGAUGGACUGCCUGAUUCAGGAAGGAACAAGGCUGGUCAUAGUAGAAGGGGAGAGAGGGAGAUGCCUCACCACUAUCCUCAGGAUAUACACCAAAUAUUGAGAAGAAAGAACAUCAGGAGCUAAGUGUUCUAUUUAAACCAGUAGUUGCUGCUCAGAAAAUACAUAAAUAUGCAGACCCUAAAUCAGUGGUUUAUAUUUUCUUCAUGCAAGAGCAAUGCACUAAAGGAGAGAAGUAAGCUGUGUUGAUCAGUGACUUUGGUGAAGGCUAAGAAAGUUGAAACAAAUUUGCAGAUGACAUACAACUUCUAAGAGAAUCCUACAAAUGCCAUCUAAGCCUGUCACCAACCAUCCCACUCAGCUUUCUACCUAAUUCCUCAUUCUCAAAUUUUGCAGAGAUCCAUAAUUUUAAGAGAGAGAGAAAGUCAAGACGGCAUUGUGGAAACUCUUCUCUGUGCAGCGCUUUUGGUAACUGGAGGCACCCUCUAUUAAAUGGAAGAUAAAGCUACUUCAUGUAAGGUGCUUUGAGCCCACGAGAGAGCUGUCUUCAGCACCUCACCAUGUGUCUACUUUUUGUUGCUUAGACAAGCCUGGACAUUUCUAUAACAUUUGUAUUCUGUAUUGGAAGAAGAGAUUUCUAUAGAUGAAAAAAAUGCCUUUGUUUAGUAAAUCACACAAAAAUCCAGCAGAAAUUGUGAAAGCUCUGAAAGACAACUUGGCCAUUUUGGAAAAGCAAGACAAAAAAACCGACAAGGCUUCAGAGGAAGUGUCGAAAUCACUGCAAGCAAUGAAAGAGAUUCUGUGUGGCACAAAUGACAAGGAGCCCCCCACAGAAGUUGUGGCCCAGCUCGCACAAGAGCUCUACAAUAGUGGGCUGCUGGUGACACUGAUUGCUGACCUACAGCUCAUAGACUUCGAGGGAAAAAAAGAUGUGACCCAGAUAUUUAACAACAUCCUGAGAAGACAGAUAGGUACUCGGAGUCCUACUGUGGAGUACAUUAGCGCGCAUCCUCAUAUCCUGUUUAUGCUCCUCAAAGGAUAUGAAGCCCCACAGAUCGCCUUACGUUGUGGGAUUAUGCUGAGAGAAUGUAUUCGACACGAACCACUUGCCAAAAUCAUCCUCUUUUCUAGUCAGUUCCAAGACUUCUUUAAGUAUGUGGAGUUGUCAACAUUCGAUAUUGCUUCAGAUGCUUUUGCUACUUUUAAGGACUUACUAACCAGACAUAAAGUGUUGGUCGCCGACUUCUUAGAACAAAAUUAUGACACUAUUUUUGAAGACUAUGAGAAAUUGCUUCAGUCUGAGAAUUAUGUGACCAAGAGACAAUCUUUAAAGCUGCUAGGUGAACUGAUCCUGGACCGACACAACUUUGCCGUUAUGACCAAGUACAUCAGCAAGCCAGAGAACCUCAAGCUGAUGAUGAACCUCCUUCGAGAUAAAAGCCCCAACAUUCAGUUUGAAGCCUUCCAUGUCUUUAAGGUGUUCGUGGCCAGUCCUCACAAAACACAGCCUAUUGUGGAGAUUCUGCUAAAAAAUCAACCCAAACUCAUUGAGUUUCUGAGCAGCUUCCAAAAGGAAAGGACAGACGAUGAGCAGUUCAGCGAUGAGAAGAACUACCUGAUUAAACAGAUCCGGGACUUGAAGAAAACCACCCCUUGACCGUCUCAGCCACCCUCCCCACAGUCACCGGCUCAUUUGCUCAGUUUGUACAGAAAGUGUCAUUUCAAAAAGUAAUUGUUCUUGGGAAGGCUUUGGAGGAGGUGCCUGGAUUUUCUCAACUCAUUGGUCAGGGUAGAUGGAACAUAAACAUUUGAAUGAGAAAUGAUUAACCUAGAAUGACGUAUUCAUUUGAAUCAAGUCUGUGAUGAUUUAUGUGAAGUCAGAGCCACUGCAUUAGACACUGAUAAAAACAGUUUUAACCCUUUGUUGACAAAAAGCAGCAGGGCCGUGGGCUUGGAGGCCCGAGCCCUGGGUCAGUCACCACAGGCCACCGAGUCGAAGCCCAAAUGACGGGCGUCACUGAGCCCUCAAAGUCAAGUUCUCUGAGGAGAACUGGGGGUGAGGGCAAGAGGUGCAAAACUCUAUUCCACCCGUCUUCACUCGGACAUAUGGAUUUCUCACGGCGCUGAAAGCUCUGACGAAAUAAGGUCCAUGUUUUCAGUUGUCACACAUCCUUGUUCCCUGCCCCUUUUAACCGUAGCUAACUUCCUAGGGAAGCGCAGCCCUCUCUCUGCUCACUGUCCCAAGCUCCGUCCCAGGUCCCAGCGGCUCUCCUCAGCGCCCCACUCCUGGCGCACCGCACUCCUGGCACACCCCCUGCAGCCUGCAGCCAGGGUAGCUGGGAACCAGCUCGGCCAAAGUAGGAUGGGUCAGCAGGGGUCACAGGGACAUAGGGGACCCACGGGUAUGACCUGCUCACUUGAGAACUUGGAACAGAUGGUGAAGGACCACAGCUUUAGCAGUAGGCACUGCUGUUUCACUCUCACUCCUGGAGCAUUCGGGAAUGUUUGGAAUAUUUCAUUCCUAAUUGUCACUAUGGGAAAAUUCUUUUGUGGUGAAAGUGUGUUUUAGAAUAGGAAUCAUUACAUUGGGAUGCCUCACGUGUACAAAACCAUGGGUCCAGAGGGCUAGCCCGCUUUUAUAAAUAAGGGAACACUGCCGUUGGAAGGGCAAAUGAUUAAAUGUGUGAAAAAAUUCUCAAAGGACUAAAAGUUAUCUUUUCAGUUUAUUUUCUAAUUAGCUGCCACUCUAAUUUCCCAUCAAAGCUUUCAGCGAAAAGGUAGAAAACCUACAAAAAUGUGGUCUCAAGUAUUCUCUUGCGUACUAGUAUGAUUAAGGACUUAAUUUGUGUUCUUUAAAAAAGGUAUUGGACCAAAAACAACAAAAAAGGUUAUGGUUUGUUCUCAGACAUCAAGUACAUAAAAUGAAAUUUUAAAGCUGUAUUUACAAGACAUUAGGGGUAUAAUGAUUAAUCUGUAUUUUUUCAUAAUUCUGUUUCCAAAUCGUGCAUUGUGGCCUUCCGUAAGGACCCUUACUUUGUACCAUACUGUGCGCCGUGUUCUUCAGCCAGGUCUUUCUCCACCAGAAAGGGAAGGAUGACUCUCCAGGGGUCCUUCUCCAGGAUCAGUGCCCUCUGUAGAUUUUGUAUCUGGAGAAUUAGCUGGCAGGCUUCCCCGCCUCUCGGCAGGGCCAGCGUGGACUCCCAAGGCAGAUGGAGUGGGACCCGCGGGAUCCCUAGUAGCAGCUCUGGCCGACGCCAGUGUGGAGGGUCAGCCUGCAGCCCACUGAUGACCUUCAUUCUUUCGUCACUGAAAUUAGAUUAUUUUUAUAACAUUUCCUGACAGUCCAGAGUCUCUUAGAAUGUGACUUUUCUGGUUUUGCUUAUUUGAUUAAAAGAGAAGACUGUAAAUGUUAAAAAAAAGAGAAGGCUCAGUAACCACUGGAAGUUGAUUUGGUUGCUAACACUGUUCCACAACAUCUUAGGACACGUGUUUCCAUUUGGAAAGCAAGGCCCUGUUAUAAUUCUUUUUUGAUAAAUCAAACAUUUUUUUUCCUCUGGGCUUGAAUUAGUUCCUCGCUAGCAAGUCCUUAUUCUAGUUCAGUACCCGUCAAAUAGACAACUGGAGCUAAGAGGCAAUGAAUGAAGUAGCUGGGGUUUUGUGUGAUACAAAUUUGUAAAUUAUUACUGGGGAAGAGGGGAGCAAGACGCUCACAGUCAAAAUAUGUUUGCACAAAAUUCGCUGUAAAUAUUGUGAGAAUUGAACUUUGAGAAGGUCCUAUUUAAUAAACUAUUUCAAAACACAUUUAAAUAAAGACCAAAUAAAAAGGC